AUGCAAUGCAGGAACAGCAAGCAAUUGCUCCAUUUUACACAGAUACGACAAACACGGGAUACCAUAAUAAUAGGGGAAAUUCAAAGAUUCGACUGCAAAGCCAUUAGAAUAUGUUGUCUUUGCAUAAUUUUAUCAUCAAUAUUGGUAAUUUCGAAUGCGUUGCCGCCUGUAAUUCGUGUUGGUGCAAUUUUUACCGAAAAUGAACGUGAAAGCAGCAUCGAAUCGGCCUUCAAAUACGCCAUAUAUCGCAUCAACAAGGAGAAAGCCUUGCUUCCUAAAACACAGCUUGUUUAUGAUAUUGAAUAUGUGCCACGCGAUGAUUCGUUUCGAACAACGAAGAAAGUCUGCCGACAAUUGGAGGCUGGAGUUCAAGCCAUAUUUGGACCAACAGAUCCCCUACUUGCCGGUCACGUACAGUCUAUAUGCGAGGCUUAUGAUAUACCCCAUGUCGAAGUUCGAAUUGAUCUGGAGUAUAGUUCAAAAGAAUUCUCUGUCAAUUUAUAUCCAGCACACAGUCUUCUUACUCUUGCAUAUAGGGAUUUAAUGGUCUAUCUAAACUGGACAAAAGUGGCGAUUAUAUAUGAAGAAGAUUAUGGGCUUUUCAAUUUGAUGCACUCAACAAUUGAAACGAAAGCAGAGUUGUAUAUAAGACAAGCCAGCCCGGAUUCGUAUCGUCAAGUCCUACGAGGAAUCCGACAAAAGGAGAUUUACAAAAUAAUUGUAGAUACGAAUCCUACACAUAUAAAAACUUUUUUUCGAUCGAUAUUGCAACUCCAAAUGAAUGACCACCGAUACCACUAUAUGUUUACAACCUUUGAUUUGGAGACGUAUGAUUUGGAAGAUUUUCGGUACAACAGCGUUAACAUAACAGCAUUUCGUUUGGUCGAUGUGAAUAGCAAACGUUAUCUUGAAGUUAUUGAUCAAAUGCAAAAAAUUCAGCACAAUGGCUUGGAAAAUAUUAAUGGAAAACCAUAUAUAAAGACGGAGUCUGCAUUGAUGUUUGAUUCCGUCUACGCGUUUGCAUCAGGCUUACAUUUCUUAAACUUGGAUGAACGUCGUCCCAAUUUUGGUAUACAAAAUCUAUCCUGCACCUCCGAUCAUACAUGGGAUGAUGGAAUUUCAUUAUAUAAUCAUAUAAAUAGUGCUAUAUCAGACGGCUUGACUGGUAAUGUACAUUUUGUGGAAGGUCGUCGAAGUAAAUUUAAACUUGACAUCCUGAAAUUGAAACAAGAAAGAAUCCAAAAGGUGGGAUACUGGCAACCGGAUAUUGGUGUGAACAUAUCUGAUCCCACUGCUUUUUAUGAUUCGAAUAUUGCCAACAUUACCUUGGUGGUUAUGACAAGAGAGGAACGCCCAUAUGUAAUGGUUAAAGAGGAUAAAAAUUUAACUGGAAAUAUUCGCUUUGAGGGAUUUUGUAUUGAUCUUUUGAAAGCGAUCGCUCAACAAGUUGGAUUUCAAUAUAAAAUCGAAUUGGUUCCCGAUAAUAUGUACGGGGUUUACAUACCAGAGACGAAUUCCUGGAAUGGCAUUGUUCAGGAGUUAAUGGAAAGGCGUGCUGACCUUGCUGUGGCAUCAAUGACCAUCAACUACGCCCGGGAGAGUGUUAUUGAUUUUACAAAACCAUUUAUGAACUUGGGUAUUGGUAUUUUAUUUAAGGUGCCGACAAGUCAGCCCACACGACUGUUCUCCUUUAUGAACCCAUUGGCAAUCGAGAUAUGGCUUUAUGUGCUAGCUGCUUAUAUAUUAGUAUCCUUCGCUCUCUUUGUGAUGGCACGCUUUUCGCCAUACGAAUGGAAAAACCCUCAUCCAUGCUUCAAGGAAACGGAUAUAGUGGAGAAUCAGUUUUCCAUAUCGAACAGUUUCUGGUUCAUAACAGGAACGUUUCUUCGUCAAGGAUCGGGUCUUAAUCCAAAGGCAACUUCAACGCGCAUUGUUGGUGGCUGUUGGUUCUUUUUUUGUCUUAUAAUUAUAUCCUCAUACACUGCCAACUUGGGCUUUUUAACCGUCGAACGGAUGAUAUCACCGAUAGAAAGCGCUUCCGAUCUGGCAGAACAAACGGAUAUUUCUUAUGGAACGCUGGAGGGCGGAUCAACAAUGACCUUUUUUAGGGACUCGAAAAUUGGUAUUUACCAAAAGAUGUGGCGUUAUAUGGAAAAUCGAAAGGCAUCUGUAUUUGUUAAGACUUAUGAAGACGGCAUAACACGUGUGAUGGAAGGGAGCUAUGCAUUUUUGAUGGAAUCUACAAUGUUGGACUAUGCUGUACAACGGGAUUGUAAUCUGACGCAAAUCGGAGGCUUGCUGGACUCCAAGGGUUAUGGUAUUGCCACACCCAAAGGCUCCCCUUGGCGGGAUAAAAUCUCUCUUGCCAUUUUGGAGUUACAGGAAAAGGGUAUAAUUCAGAUAUUAUACGACAAAUGGUGGAAAAAUACUGGCGAUGUUUGCAACCGAGACGACAAGAGCAAGGAGUCAAAAGCAAAUGCUCUUGGUGUAGAAAACAUUGGCGGCGUAUUUGUAGUUCUUCUUUGUGGCCUUGCCCUGGCAGUUGUCGUGGCCAUUUUCGAGUUCUGUUGGAAUUCGAGAAAAAAUCUGAAUACGGAAAAUCAAUCAUUGUGCUCGGAAAUGGCGCAAGAGCUGAGGUUCGCCAUUCACUGCCAUGGAUCGAAGUCGAAGCAUAGGCCUAGGAAAAGGAAUUGUCUGAAAUGCUCUGCCGGAACCACGUAUGUUCCGAGCAAUAUGAGCAGUACGCCGGCUACCGCCGGCGUUCACUAUAAUUAUUUUAAUUAAUUAAUUCUCGAUUCUUGGUGGGAGUACAUACUUAUAUUUUUAUUUAUACAUUUGAAUAAAAUUGUAUUUCAUGUAGAUAACAAAUAAACU